UGGAAGUAGAGAAACCUGUUCCUUUUUUCUCUCUCCUCUCCCGCCUCCUCAAGAAAAAGUCACCUUCGCCUCGAUUUUCGUUCCGGUGCCACGGAUCGGGAAGUCCCACCCCGCAACUCCUUGACUCAUUCGCAGUUGCAACCACGAAGUAGUUUGCAGCGCAAGUUGCCUUUGUGGCUGAGUGUCACAGUUCUAUUUUCUUGAGAAUACCAAGUUUGUUGAUCUUGAUUUGAUUGAAAUGAUCGUUUAGCGAAGAUUUGGUUUUUGGAAUUCUUCAUUAUCAGUCUUCUGCCAUUUUUGCUUCUAAACUUACAUCGUCUUCCAGAGGUUUGAUAUUGUCUAAAGUAAUAAAUAGUGAAUCUACCUGCUGCGCAAAAAAGGUUUCGAUUGACAGGUGUUACUAUAAAUUAGUAAAUGUUAGCCGAAUUCAAACAGAUUUAGAGUCGUAGUUUUCAACUAUAUUAGUUUUUUGAUUGAAGAAUAGAACUUGGAUAGCUUUUAUUUCAAGUUUAUUAGUGAUUCAGACAUGAAUUGAAAGAGAGGAAGAAACAUAGUAUAUGAAAACGAUUGAUGCGGUUUUGCCAAGACCGUAACUUCAUACUACAAGUGCAUCAAAAAUGAAUGGAAUAUUUUUUUACGGUUUGUUUACCUGAAUGACUUCAUCGGGUUUGUCUCAGUUUGUAUCAUCUGAAACAUAAUCUACAGACGCAUUUUCAUCACUUAAGCGGAAAUGCAGAGAAAAUCCGAAGAAUUACAGCUUGCUGUACAGGAAUAUUUGGAUGUUGAUUGGACUAAUGUCAAAUAUUAUUUAAGACGGCAAAUAGCGAAAUGUGUCCAAGAAUGCAAAUCCCAAGCUUCAAAUGCAAAAAGGAUUGCGAAAACUCUGAAGCAUAGCCAAAGUUCCCAUUCUCAUACGUCAGAAUCAAACGGUACUUGCGACAGUUGGGAUGAUUCAGAUGAUUGGGGGAGCGAUUUUGAAGAUGAGGAAAGCGAUGAUGAAGUAAAAAUAGAGCAUUCCCCCUCCGAAGUAAAUAAUAAUUCCAUUAUCCAGUCAUUACCAGGUGUACUUGAAAAGCCUUCAAAUACUUCUCCUGUGUUAACUUCAAAUAGUUCAGAAGAAAAAUCCAUUCCAAAACCACCUGAUGUGCCUGUGAUUUCUAAAGUUGUGAAUGGUGUAUCAAAUUACAAAAGUAAUAACACAAAUAGUAUUCCAAGGCCUCCUUUGAAGAGGCCUCCAAGCCAGCCACCUCCACCUCCUGUAACUCAGGCAUCUAGUCACAUUGAGCCUCAAGAAGAUUAUGAAAUUCCUAUUGUGCCUACUUCUACAAAUUCUAAAGAAUGCUUCAGUUUUUCAGGUUCUUUCCAAAAUUCACUGUCAGGUGAAUCUGCUGUGAUUGAGACUUAUGAAAUUGUUGAGCCUCCUGAAGAAAAUUAUGAAAUGGUUGAUCCCCCUCCUGAAAUUAUGAACGAUAAACCAUCACUUCCACCUAGGCUUGUAAAAAGCCCCAAUGUCAUUUCACCUCCUCCUCUUCCACAAAAGCCUCAAAAGCUGAAAGAAAUUUCUUCAACUGAUGGAAUUAGAACUUUCAGUCGACCAAAACUUCCUCUAAAAACUGAAAAUGAUGCACAAGUUGAAGUAACUCAACCAUCAUCUCUUCCUUCUAAUGUUGGUUUUAUAAGUUCUCUGAUUGGACGAAGAUCAAGUACCACUCCUACAUCAUCACCAAAAAUUCAGCAUAAAAAUAAAGAUUCUGCAAAUUCCUUUGUUACAAGUCCUAUUUCAACAAGUGUCUUGAAUGAUAGUCUGUCAUCUACAUCUUCGUCACCUGAUAGAGAAUCUUUUAUGACUGUUGGAAGUUCUUCAUUCCUAAAUUUAGGUUCUUCAACUGAUGGGAAAAAAAUGCAAUCACUUCCCCCACUACCUCCACGAGGUGUUGCACCUGUAUCUGAUGACACAGGUAAUUCAUUUUUAACCAUUCAAAACAUGGCUACUAGACCCUUACCACCUGUUCCUGUGCCUAAAUUGGAUGAGAAAUCUUCACCUUAUAAGCAGCCUCAAGAUAUUCAACAGAAUCCAUGGUUCCAUGAAAUUGAAAGAGAAGAUGCUGAGGCUGCUGUCAGGAAGUUGAAUGAACCUGGCUCAUUUGUGGUUCGUCCUAGCAAAAGAGCUGGGAAAGAAAAUCCAUACAGUUUAACAGUCUUGCAUGAAGACAAACUAUUCCAUUUAAACAUUCGUUUAAGACCUGAUAACACGUUUGCUCUUGGAAAAGAAAAGGAAAAAGAAAAGACAUUUGCUACUGUAGCUGAUUUAAUUACUUUUCAUCUGAACGAACCCAUCCUAUUGAAAAAUCGUGGUGAAGCUGCUGGAAAGACGAUAUUACGUAAAUAUCCGGAGAAAACAUAAUUUGCUCUGACAUUAUAGUUAUUAAAACAUUUUUAAAACAUGAGAUGCAUGAUGAAGUUGAGCUUUUGUGUUGUUUAUUCUAAAUGUGAACCUGAACUUCUCAUAAGCUGACUGAUUAAAAGACUGCUUUUUUUUUGUAUUUUUGAAUCUAAUAUGUUGUUAACUGACAUCAUUAUUCCAUUAUUUCCAAAAGAGCUAACAAUUAUAGAAAAGGCCUAUAUUUUAUAUUAUUUAUGGAAUUCCUGGCCUAUUAUUCUGUUAUCUUUUUGCAAAAACAUUUUUUUUUAAAUUUUUAUUUCAAUUGAACAAAUAGUUUGGUGAUGCAAUGUUUUAUUUUAGUUCAAUCAAAAUGUUAACAUUUUAAUAAUUAUUUGUGACAAAAUAUGUAACUUAAAAUUUGUUCAAACAGCUUUAUUUUGUAUAUGUAUGUAAUCAAUGUUUCUUUCUGGCUAUAAUUGAAAAUGAUACUAUAAUUAUUUGUUGAUAUCUCAUUUGUUUAGAGAAACGGUUUUAAAUUUUUGUGCUUCUCAGUUGAAACAUCGUCAGAAGGAACAAAUAUAUGCAAUUUUAGUGGACUGAAGACUUGCUAUAACCUCAGUGUCAGAAUGUUGAAUUUUGCAUAUGUGACUAGAAUGUAAAAAAAUUUGGCUUUAUCCACUUAAUGAUUGUUGAAUGUAAUUAUAAUUUAAGAAAACAAUAAUAGGAAUUUCCCUUUUCAGUACAUAAUUAUUCAUAUAAUUUAUAUGAAUUAUUUUUUUUAGUAUCAUGGUUUCUUGAACUUAUCAAUUUGAAAAAUUUUUGACGUGCUAUUUUUCAACCCAUAAAAGUUGCUGGUGCACUAAAUUAGAAAAUUUCUACUUCUAAUAAAGAUGAAUGUGUGCACGUUACCACUCUAUAGGUCAGACAAUUUUAUCUACGGCUACCAAAUUUGUCAUAUAUAGCUUGGUGAUAGAAAUAUGCACCUCAGAUCAAUCUUUUGUAAGUUUAAUUAAUUGAAAAUUAAAUUGAUGUUUGGGUUACAUGCGAUAAUAAUUUCUAAAAAAAUAAUGUUUUCAAUUUUUUAGAAAAUAUUUUUAUAAGUCAGUUUCAUUUCA